AUGACUUCUGGCCAAUUGCAACAAGAACGAAAUUUCGAAGAAAACACACUUAUUUGGUUAGAUAAAGAUCUCUAUAAUUCAUAUGAAAUAAACCAGGUGAAAUUAAAACUACGUCAAAUAAUUAAUUAUACAAAAAUGUUCGAAAAUACUGAUGAAUGCGUAGACUACAUAUCAUCAAAUGAAAAUGAACAGGUUUAUCUUCUUAUUUCUGGCUCAUUAGCCGAUAUUUUUGUUCCACUUAUCUAUCAAAUAGAGCAAAUUAAAAUGAUCUAUGUUGUUUGUAUAAACAUCCAAUAUCAUGGUAAAUUAUCUCAAACAUUUGAUAAAAUUGGUGGCAUUUUUACUAAUUUAAAUAUGUUGUAUGAUGCACUGCGACGAGAUAUUGUGACUAACAGAACAACAACAACACACUCAAUAUCUAACUCAUCUGCAUUAUUAUUAAGCGCUUUACCUUCACCACCUAGUGAUCGUUCGGAUCAACAAGAAGCAGCCUUUAUGAAAAAUAUUGGUGGUUUUUUGUCAGUGAAUAGUUUCUUUUCAACAAGUGCAAAUAAACAAGUUGCAUUAAUGUUUACCGGUAAUUCAUCAUCAAAUAGUUUGAAUGUAGAAUCAGUUUUGUUCGAAAUAUCUAUUGAAAUCGAAAAAUGUCGGCAACCAAUUGCCGACAUAAGAUAUAUGAGUUACAUGAAAGAAGAAGAUGAGAUACUCUUUUCAAUGGCCACUGUUUUUCGUAUUAAAUCAGUUCAAAGAUUGCAUUCUGAAGAUUUUUGGACAGUUCGCUUAGUGAUGAAUGGAGAAGAAGAUAAGGAAUUAAAUAAAUUAGCCAAUAGUAUCAAAAAUGAAAUUGGCCACUCAAAUACUUUGAAUACAUUCGGUGGUUUAUUGAUCAAAAUGGGAGAUUUUCAAAAUGCUGAAUACUAUAUGUUAAUGUUAAUUAAAAACAGUCAAUUUAACGAUUCAAUAACAAAAGCAACGUAUUAUUCAAAUUUGACGUGGAUUUAUAAUGAGCAGAUGAAUUUCGAUAAGGCACUAUUAUGGGGUGAAAAAGCUCUACAAUUACGACCAUCUAAGCGCGAGACACUGGCGGGCGUCUACAAUAAUCUCGGUCUUUCUCAUUUGAACAAAGGUAACGUUCUUCAAGCACUCAACUAUCUUCACAAAACGGUUGAUGUUUACCACGAAUUUCUCCCGUCUGAUCAUCCGAAACUAGUAAUUCCUUAUAUGAAUCUAGGUGCAUUAUAUGAAAAACAAGAAAAUCAUCUUAGUGCUCUAGAAUAUUUUCUUAAAACAGUUAAUAUUGUUCAAAAUGCUUUGCCAACCAAUCAUCCAACUGUUGCAUUAGCCUACUGUCGCGUCGGAGCUAGUUAUAUGUACCAAAAUAAUUUGAAUUCAGCAUUGUUUUAUUUACGUGAAUGUUUAAGAAUGCAGCAAAGAUCGCUACCACCAAAGCAUCCAAUUCUAGUACAUACUUAUGCUAAUCUUGGUAGAGUUUAUUUAAAACAACAUAAUGAUGUAGAAGCGUAUGACUCAUUUCAAAAGGCAUUGGAAAUUAUUGGUUCAUCAUUAAAUCAUCCAGUCAAUUUGUUAUGUAAUUUACUUGAUGGUCAUCAAUGGGAACAAAUCAUUCGUAAUUACUUGCCUAAACUUAAAGUAUUACGACUUAGCAUGAGAAAUGUACUUUCUUUGAAUGAAAAUAUAGAAGAACAAGUUGAUGAAUUAAUUAAUUCAUUUCGAAGUUCAUUUUGGAUUGAUGAACGUAAAUGUUUAUCUAAAGGAUGUUAUUAUAAUUAUGAAAAGCCUUCAGAUUUAUGGAGAUCAACAUAUCCACAUGAUAAUCAACAAAACUAUUACAAUGACCUAACCAUUAUCUAUGAUUAUACAUUUUUUGAUCAAUCCUUUCCGACAAACAUUUAUUUAUCUAAGAUUAAGUUUCUUGUCAUAAAAUUUCCUAUUAAUAAUCAAUUUUGGUCCAUUGUUCCAAAUCUAAAAGAACUCUCCGUAUUGAUUAUAUCUUCUUAUCGUGAUAUAUUUCAAACUGAAUUUCAACGGUUACUAAAUCGAGCACCACAUCUCGAUCAUUUACGUAUUGAUCAAGAGAAAUCAUUACCAUUGCAAAAAUCAUUAUUUAAUGAUACAAGUACAUCGAUUCCUCAAUUGUCUUUAGAAAAUUAUUACUUCAAUGAAGAAGAAUGUAUUGCAUUGACUCAUUCAUCAUUGAUUAUUCAAUGUCAAGUACUUUCUAUUCAAGUGAUAUCUCGUCAAAGUAUUAUUAUUCAUGUCAAAAAUAUGAAGAAUCUUCGACGAAUAGAUAUUCAAUGUGAAGAUGAUCUUCAUGAUGGAAAAACACCCAACAAACAUGAUCUGGUUCAAUGGUUAAAUGAUCAUUUAUCAUCAAUGUAUCUAAUUUUCAGAGAUUCAGACGAUACGAAUCGUAUUCGAAUAUGGAUUUAA